GAGGAGGGUGCGGAGGAGGGUAAGGAGCCGGCAUGGAGCGCAAGGAGGAGCAGUACGCGUACGUGCCGCCGCCGCUGGCGCGCUUCUUCCACGCGCUGCCCCACCUCAACGUCAGCCUGCACCUCGUCAACAACACCUUCGCCCCCGACAGCGAUGUCUACCUCGAGGCGCUGGGCAUCCUGGGCUCGCUGCCGGCGGCGUGGCUCAUCCUGACGCUGCUGGUGCUGCUGGUGUACCUGCUGACGCGCUGCUGCGACCGCAAGCCGCGGCCCCGCCACAGCAUCACCGUGCUCAAGUGGACGCUCGCGCUCUUCACCUUGCUCUGCUGUGGUGCAGUGGGUGUAGCGCUGUAUGGAAAUGAUGAUGUUCACAAUGGGCUACUCCAGUUUGUUGAAGCCACAGCGAACAUUGAUGAUCUUAUUUCAAGUGUCAAAAACAGGACUGCUGCCAUAGAAAAUCUACUGGAAACAAAAGUGGAGCCAUUGUUGACAGAAUUGUCAGACGUAUUCGAUGGACCCGUGGCUAAUCAGACAGCCAGAGCACUGCUUCUUUCCACCAUGGCUUAUAUAAAUGGAAAUUCAUCAACAGCUCUCGCCAACAUGCAGGAAAUAAGCCGACCACUUCAUGGCAUUAGCCUGUCUCCAGUGGUUUCUAUUGUUCAGGAGGCAGAGACUAUUAGGUGGCCUGUGACAAUGGCAAUUCUUAGUGUACUGUUGGUAUUCUGCAUGGUGCUAUUGUUUGGAGUUGCAAGACACUCCCGUUGUGCGCUUAUAACGUUCUCAGUAUUUGGCCUGUUUGCUGUUAUUAUUUCGUGGAUAAUGGCCUCUAUAUAUCUUGCUUCUUCAGUGGCCCUGGGAGAUUUGUGUGUGGCCCCAGAGGCCUUUCUGGAGAGAGAAGCCCCCGGCGCUACACAGGCAGAAAUUCUCACGUACUAUGUACGGUGUGAAGGUUCACGAGCAAAUCCCUUCUCCCAGCGCCUCCAGGCAGGGCAAAGGGCAGUUCAGGCAAUGGGUGCAGGCCUGUCACUUGUUGGCCGCAUUGCCCGCGAACUGUACGAUGCUGGCAAGCUGCACCCUCUUGACAUGCUGAUCACAGAGCGUGCUCACGUUGAAGGCCUCGUCACUGGCCUCACGGCUAUGGUGGACUGCCGCCGACUCCACCAGCAGUACGUCUCUGCUGCCAACAGCUUGUGCGACUUGGGACUGUAUGGAUUAACAUUCAUGCUGGUGGCUAGCAUUUCUGCAGGAUUUUUCUUCACAGUAUUGGUGUGGGUUGAUUCUCAUACAUGGAUAUACAUUAGAAAAAGGCGAGACUACCUCCAGGUGGACGAACAAGACCCGUUCCUGCCGCCGUCUGCCGCUUCGCAGGCUAUCGCUGCAAGGACUCUGAGGAGCCAAGGGUCGUAUGGCAGCACAGGCUACUUCCGGCCGCGAAACUCCCCCCACCACUACUACUCCCCACAUGUCCUAGAUGGCCGGAGUUCCCGCGAGGAAAAGUCCCAGCACGGUUCCCAUCAUGAGCCAGCAGGCGGCGGAGGGCACGAGCACGGGUCCGGAGCCUCUGCAAUGCUUGGACCAAACCAUGGGCAGUACGCGACUCUGAGCAAGCAGUGCAAGACGCUUGAGUCCUCUGACUUCUACUGAGAGGCAGCCCACGCCCCCUACCAGGUGACUGAGCUGUGAUGCUGCGUGCGGCGGUCGGCUGUCGGCAACUGGCUCUUCUAUGUCAGGGGGUGGUGGGCUCGUAGGAGGUAACCUCAGUCACUGGAGAAACGAUGCAGGUUACAAGGUUCAGAAGAAUACUUUGGGAUUGAUCAAUCGAGUGAAUGGAUAAUAGUGACAACUCCUACCUGUGAAUGAGUGGUAAAUGAGGAUUUCCAAGGAAGUGUGUGUAACCGUUGAUUGUGAAAUGGCAUAGAAGAACCAAAUACCUUCACAAGACUUAUGUGUAAAAAAGAAAAAGUGAUUUAUGAAAACACCAUUAUCUCUGUAAAAUAUGAAGAGAUCAUUGAGUUCAACAUUUAGAACAGUGGUAUGAUAUCGUAUAUAAGCUUCAGAGGACUUUCAAUAAAAAAUUCUGGUUUUUGAGAGAAUGAA